UGUCGUAGUAUAGAGAGUGAGAGUGAUACUGUGCUGUUGCAUUGUUUAAGCUCUUAUAAUGUUGUUUAAAGGGGGAGUGCUUAAUAAAUGGCAAAUAAAAGCGAAUUUUAGUCAGAGAAAGUACGUUAAAUGAAACGGUUAAGAAACCCGGUAUAAAAUUUUUUUUGUUAACGCUAAAAAUUUUGUCUAAAUAUUAAACGGAAUUUUAAUUAAAACAAAAACGCAAAAUUCUUUAUAAAAAGUGAUUUGUUAACUAAACAAAAGAAAUAAAGAAGAAAAUAAAAUGAAACAAAUUUAAAUAAAAAGUAAAGCAAGAAUAUAUUGAAAAAGAAUGUGGAAAAUAUAUGAAUAAAGAAAAUUUAAAAAAAAAAAUAUUUAAUUUUGUUAUUGAAGUGUUUAUGGCAAAAGUUAGUUGUAUUACACACUUACAUAUGCUAAGCUUAAUUUCUGGUGAAAUAAAAAAUACAACAAAUUUUCUUUAUAGUAACGUGUAUGUAUAAAAAAUAUAAACAGUUGUCCUUGUCCUUGGUUAAUGCUAAAUGUUAUAACAAGGCUUUUAUAACAACAACAACAACUAUGAAAAUAAUAAUAACAACUACAAAAAAAGCCUUCCCUUAUAAUAAAAAAAUAAUAACAGCAAUUGAAAUUCAAUGAAAUUUAACUUAUAAACAAGAAUAAAAAUAACAACAAAAAUUUACAGUAAAUAUAAAAAUUAACAGUAAUUCAAAAACAUUUGCAAAAAAAAAAGCUCUUAGCUUUUCCUUAAAUGCUCUUUCAAACCAGAAAUAACGUUAGUUUUUUUACUCUCUUCAAAUGUUAUAGUUACCUCGCUCUAUUAAGAAAAACAAAACAAAAAAACUUUCAAUGUUAUCUAGCCCCUCAAAUAGGCAAACAUGUGUGUUUAACAAUGGCAAAAACUAGAAAUUGUCGAAAUUAAAAAAAAAAAAAAUAAUCAAAAAAAAAAAAGUUUUUUUAAUAUUUAAAAUCUAUAAAUUGUUUAAAACUUUAAAUAAAUCAAACUUAAUUUUUAUAUAACAAUAUACAUACAUAAUUAAGUAAAUAGUAUAAAAUACAAUAUUAAUCAACAAAAUUAUUUUUUUUAAUAAUUUAAUUAUAUAAACGUAUUAAUUAUUACAUUAACUUUGGGAAUAUUAUUUAAUCAUCAAAAUAAAAUAUAUUUAAUUAACAAAAACAACUAUUAUUAAGUUUUCUACAUCUUAUAAUACAAUUAUUAUACAUUAAACAAAUAAUUUACCUAAUUAAUAAUUUAAUUAUUCAACAACAAAAAUUUUCAAAAUAAAUUUGUUUUAAAUUUAAACUACAAUAACAUCAUCUACCACUACAAGUAUUAUUAGCAGCAUAUUCAAGCAACUCAAUUCCCUCUCAAAAACAACCCCCUCUGUGUCUAAACCCGCAACAAUCUAACGAUUUUAAUUCAAUAUUUAUUGGAACCUAAUAAUAAUUUUGGGACUAUUGUUUAUUAAGCAGCAGCAGCAGCAACAGCAAUUACAUUUAACCUACAUUAAUAUACUCAUUAGCAACAUAAGUUUCAAGCAACAGUCGCAGGUUUAAGGACAACGUGAAAACAACAAAUACAUUAUAAGGAAUUUUCAACCAGGAGACAUACAUACAUACUUAUAAAAGGAAUAAACAAGUUGAAAUUAAAACAUGUUAAGCAUAUUUUUAUAAAUAUUAAAUUAAGGAUUAAGAGGAUUUUUAUUUUUGCUAAAACUUUAAGACAGUUUAAGAUAAGAGAAACUUUGAAGGCUGAACAAAUAAAACAAGAGAAACAAAUAACAAAUUGAAACUACUCUCAAAAAUAAUUAAUUAAGCAUAAUUAUUCAUAAAGAUUUAAUUAAGCAGAAAAAAUAUUUUAAAUAGCAGAGAAGAGACUGAUUUUUAUUAUUUGUAAAUUAAGUAAUAAAUUUAAUUAAGCAGGAGCAACAGAAAAGCAGGAGAAAACAAAGAAAAUCCUUUAAACUCUUAAACACACACACACUCUCAUUCUCAUACCACUACAACAACAACCAACGGAAGGAAAUUAAAUGAGAUUUGAAAUCUUUUAAAGAACGUAAUAAAUACUUUAAGAUCUAUUUAAUUUAAAAAAAACAAAGUGAUUUGGAUUUAAUCCACUAAUAAGCUAACGAAAUCUAAUAUAUAUUUUUGCAUAUAAAUAAAAAACAAGUAAAAAUGUUGAAAAAACUAAAAUGUCUAGAGGCGGCCAAUAGUUUGGCAAGAGAAGCAGCCUCCAAUAGUAAUCAUCACAAUCAAACCAAUAGUUUGCAACACAAUACAACCAGUGUUAAGAUCAUUAAAACAGAACCAUUGGAUUUUGAAAUGCUGCAUUUGGAGGAGAAGGAUUUAAGAGAGAGAAAUUUAACCAGGGAUAGUGAGACAACCACAACCAUAACCUCUUCAACAGCGGCUGGAGUAAACAACAAUAAUAUGAAUGCCUCUCAAGUCACAGCAGCACCACCCCCUCCUCCUCCUCAGAGAUAUACACAUGUACAGGUGCAAACUGUGCCACCCAGACAGGGCAUAACCAAUUCAGGAGCUGCCCAAAAGGUGAUAUUAACACCUAGAGUGGAAUAUGUGCAAAUACCGGUCAGUAGCUCAGAGAGAACUUUAAGUAACGGUGCAGGCUCUUCGCCACAAAUCAUUAUAACACGCACCUUAAACACCAACAAUACAUCAGUCUCUUCUUCGGCUAAUACGCAACAGCAGCAUCAUCAUACACAUCACAUACCACGCAGACACUCGGCCAGUCCCUCGCAGUAUCAUCGUGUCUCUCUCAAUGUUACACACUCGAACAGCAACAACAACAAUAAUAGUCAUUCAGCGCCUUCAUCACCACCGCCUUUACAUCAUCAAUUGCAGCAGCAGCAGCAAUCAGCAUCAUCACUCAACUCAGGUUCGCAACAUGUGCGCGUUAUCAGAGAUGGUCGUUUGUAUGAGGAGUCACUAGCAAACUCCAGUGUGCCACUGCGUAGACAUUCGGUAUCGCCGCCGCCUUUACAACAUUAUACGCGUUCCGCGUCGGUUUCAACAGCCAACGGGGCUGGUCUCGUUCGUCGUUAUACACCGCAAUCGCCUCCUCUAGCACCACCACCACCUCCUCCCCCAGCGCCUAAUCUCAAUAAUCAACUAAAUACGGCUUCCUCAACGUCCUCACAAAACUGUCUGCAGGCCAAUACGCCAGCAGGAGCAUCAGGUUCAGCCACAGUGUCCAGCAGUAGCGGUCAUCAUACUUCCUCUACUUCAUCUAACUCCUCAUCGUCUUCUACAGCUUCAAGUUUAAAUCAAAAUAAUAAUUGCAACACUGCCAUGCGUCCGCCACCACCACCGCCUCCUCCUAAAAUGAAACAUUGUUCGAUGGGUCUCAACAGUCAUGGUGUCGUUGUGGGUAAUGGUGGUGGUGUCAGUGGUUCCAUGUCCGCCACAUCAUCUACAUCUAUACACUGUCCACAACAAUCAACGUCGUCUUCUUCAUCUUCUUCGUCUGGCAUGGGCAGCUUAAAUGGCAACUGUGAGGAACCCUCCAGUUCGAUUCCAGAUUUAG